AUAAAAAAAAUUAACAAUUAAACCAAAAAACUAACCUUCAUCUUUCUCCACCGACGCCACCGCCGCUAAAUCGAUUUGCAGCGCCUCGCAUCGCCGUGUUGCACGAAGCCCGGCUUCCGGCUUCGCCACUGUGGUGAAGUAGAAGCCAACCCCUUUGCCUCCAGUAACAAUCUGAUCAUUUCAAGUUUAUUUUGAUCACAAUUUUCAGUAGGAUUUUUAUUGGGCAUUCGUCAUUGAAUAAAGUAUUGAGCUUCCAGUUAUUUGAUUUUGACGAUUCUAUGUUUAUGAAGUUAAUUUGUGAUAUCUGCUUGGAGAUUUUGGCUUAUAGAAAUCGUGGCGAUUCAAGUUAUUUAAGGUGGAAUUCUGUUGAAGUAUUUGGGUUUUGCUUGUGCCCCGUUUGUCGAAUUUGGGCGUUCUCCAUUUUUAAGCUCUGAACAAAGGAAAGGAAGGAUUUUUCGGGCCGUAUUGGAUAAUAGAGAGAGAUGGUGGUUUCUGCAGCGAACGCCUUCGCCAAGGAAAUGAGCAUAAGAAAAAGGAUUGCUGGCAUAUACAAUAAACGAGAAGAGGACUUCUCAUCGUUGCGUGAAUACAAUGACUACUUGGAAGAGGUAGAAGAUAUGAUAAUUAAUUUAGUCGAGGGGAUAAAUGUCCCCGCUAUCGAAGCAAGAAUUUCCGAGUACCAGAGAGAAAACGCUGAGCAGAUCAUGAACGCUCAAGCUCGCAAGGCUGAGGAAUAUGCAUCUGCUUUAGCAGCAAGCAAAGGACAAGUUCAAACAACUGGCAUCGAUGUUUCCUCCGGCUCCCAAGCUGGCACGAGCAAUGUUCCGCAAGGGCAAUACGCACCUGCGGUUGCUGGAGGGAUUGCACAGCCUCGGCCAAUGGGCAUACCUAACCCACUUGGGUCGGGUCAUGACAUGAUGGGACUUGAAUACGAAGAUGAAGAAACAAGGAGAAUCCGAGCAGAGAAGGCCGCUAGGGCGGGUGGAUGGAGUUUUGAGAUAAGCAAGAAAAGGGCUCUUGAAGAAGCUUUUGCUAGCAUUUGGGUAUGAUUUUCAUACAUUACAUCUCACAUAACAAUUUUCGCCGUUCUUUUUUUUGUGACGAGGGCUUUCUUGGUGCGUUCGGGAGAUUUGUUAUUUUUUUUGGUGACGAGGGCUUUCUUGGUGCGUUCGGGAGAUUUGUUAUUUAUUCGACGUAGAUGACCAUGUCGAAUUGAUUUUUCACUUUCUACCUCUCUAGUAGUGCAAAUUUUUAAUGGUUCCUCGUUUACCAUGUGGCCGUAGUAACUUGAACUUCCGAGGGGAAAGUCUUACCAACUAAAUUGUUAAAUUGUGUUUCAUCAA